CUGGUGGAAGGCGGGCCGUCAAACAUGUGCAUAAAAGACAAUAAACGCAAAGUAGGGAUCAGUCGACGGGAGAAAAUGUCUUCCCUCCCCUGGGAAAGGGCUAGUAGGGGCUUUCUUGACCUCCCGCUCGCCUCGUGGACUGCAAUAGCUGAAGGGGUAGCUGGGUGUCCUGUGGAUGGAUUCUUUUUUUUUUUAACCUUCACAGUGGAUGUGCUCCAGCUCGUCUUCCCAGUCAGGAUAACAAGAGGAUGAGUUUAGAAUCCGGCAAGAUGACUGUUUCAUGGUCAACUGUCCAAGGCUUCAUUGGUGCCAGAUUAUCACAACUAGUACAAAAGGUAGCUUCUUAAAGAAGAAAUCCUAUCGGCACAGGCUCUCUUUAGAAAUGUAGUAGUCAACUCUAUAUGUUGACUUAAUGCAACUUAUAUGGUGAUAUGAAACAAAAAGCCAAGAUGAAGUACCUUAUUAGUGCUUUGGGAAUGAAAACUUUUUUAUUGGACUGUACUAAGUUCUACAAAUGCAAAAAGUUCUUCCGUCUCUGAAGAAUCUUAAAGCAAAAUGUUGAAAUGAUGAUGCACAUGAAUCCGGUAAUGUCUGCUGAAUAACCUGGAGUCUCCAACAAUCACUGUGGAAGGAUGGCUGCAGACUGGAUAUUCUGCUAUCUUUGGCCUUUGGCCAUUCUUGUAGGCUACACAGAUGGCCACAGCCUGUUCUCGUGUGAACCCAUCAUCUUAAGGAUGUGUCAAGAUCUUCCGUACAAUACCACAUUUAUGCCUAACCUUUUGAACCAUUAUGAUCAGCAAACGGCAGCUCUUGCAAUGGAGCCAUUCCACCCAAUGGUAAACCUUGAUUGUUCCCGGGAUUUUCGACCAUUCUUGUGUGCUCUCUAUGCUCCUGUCUGCAUGGAGUACGGCAGAGUCACCCUCCCAUGUCGCAGGAUUUGUCAACGGGCAUAUAGUGAGUGUUCGAAACUCAUGGAGAUGUUUGGUGUGUCUUGGCCAGAGGAUAUGGAAUGCAGCAGGUUCCCGGACUGCGAUGAGCCUUAUCCCCGCCUGGUUGAUCUCAGUGUAGUUGGGGAGCCAACAGAAGAGGCGCCAGUGGCAGUGCAAAGAGAUUAUGGCUUUUGGUGUCCCCGAGAGUUAAAAAUAGACCCUGAUCUGGGUUACACAUUCCUGAGGGUCCGGGACUGUUCCCCUCCUUGUCCAAAUAUGUAUUUCAGGCGUGAAGAGCUCUCUUUUGCACGAUACUUCAUUGGUGUGAUCGCCAUUGUCUGCCUUUCAGCCACCUUGUUCACUUUCUUGACGUUCCUGAUUGAUGUCACCCGAUUUCGCUACCCAGAAAGGCCCAUCAUAUUUUAUGCAGUCUGUUACAUGAUGGUGUCUCUCAUAUUCUUCAUUGGCUUCUUGCUGGAGGACAGCGUUUCCUGCAAUGCCUCUAGCCCCACCACGUAUAAAGCUUCCACAGUGACUCAGGGCUCUCACAACAAGGCGUGCACCAUGCUUUUCAUGGUGCUUUAUUUCUUUACCAUGGCUGGGAGCGUCUGGUGGGUGAUUCUGACCAUCACGUGGUUCUUGGCAGCUGUGCCAAAGUGGGGCAGUGAAGCCAUUGAGAAGAAAGCCCUGCUUUUCCAUGCAAGUGCCUGGGGUAUCCCAGGAACCCUGACCAUCAUCCUCCUAGCUAUGAAUAAAAUUGAAGGUGACAACAUCAGCGGUGUGUGUUUUGUUGGACUCUAUGAUGUGGAUGCCUUGAGAUACUUUGUUCUUGCUCCCCUCUGCCUGUAUGUGGUGGUUGGCGUUUCUCUUCUGCUUGCUGGCAUUAUCUCCUUAAAUCGAGUUCGUAUUGAAAUUCCUUUAGAGAAGGAGAACCAAGACAAGUUGGUGAAAUUCAUGAUCCGGAUUGGCGUCUUCAGUGUUCUCUACCUUGUGCCACUCUUGGUCGUAAUUGGCUGCUAUUUCUAUGAGCAGGCUUACCGUGGUGUGUGGGAGACUACAUGGAUACAAGAACGGUGCAAAGAAUAUCACAUUCCCUGCCCCUAUCAGGUCACCCAGAUGAGCCGCCCGGACCUGAUCCUCUUUCUGAUGAAGUAUCUGAUGGCUCUUAUCGUGGGGAUCCCCUCUGUCUUCUGGGUUGGAAGUAAGAAGACCUGCUUUGAGUGGGCCAGCUUUUUCCACGGGCGCAAGAAAAAAGAGGUUGUGAAUGAGAGCCGGCAAGUUCUACAGGAACCUGACUUUGCUCAGUCGCUCUUGAGGGAUCCCAACACACCCAUCAUCCGCAAGUCCAGAGGGACCUCGACCCAGGGGACCUCCACUCACGCCUCCUCUACCCAGCUGGCUAUGAUGGACGACCAGCGGAGCAAAGCAGGCAGCGUCCAUAGCAAAGUCAGCAGCUACCACGGCAGUUUGCAUAGAUCACGGGACGGCAGGUAUACCCCCUGCAGUUACCGCGGGAUCGAAGAGCGACUCCCUCACGGCAGCAUGUCCCGCCUGACUGACCACUCCAGGCACAGCAGUUCCCACCGGCUCAACGACCAGUCGCAUCACAGCAGCACCAGGGACCUCAGCGGCAAUCCAGUGACUCACAUCACUCACGGCACCAGCAUGAACCGGGUUAUCGAAGAGGAUGGGACCAGUGCUUGACGACCUGCACUUCUCUCCUCCCCUCCCCUCUCUGCUCCCCCAAAGCAACGCUCUCUUCGGAGCGACGGUGCCCAGCAUUAUCUCCCUGCUGGGGUGCAGACUUUGCCCAGUGGCAUCGAAGCCAGGGUUUCUCAGCCUUGGGCUCCCAGAUGGCGUUGGACUACAAUUCCCAUCAUCCCCAAGCCUUCGAGCUAAGCCUUUCCGCUUUCUCAGCAAGGUUGUUUCACAGUAAGGAUGCUGUGUGAUCAAGUCUAGAAGCCAACUGUGGGUGCUACUUGUAUUUUGAACCCCUUGAUAGAGUUUUAUUUAUUGAAUGAUGAUGUCUUUUCCCUGUCGUGCUUGACAACUGAAUCUCUUCUCUGAGUUUUUCAAAGAAGAAAAUGUCCAUCUACUUCUGCAAAAGACAGGCAGUGGAGGUCCUGUGAAAAGUCUCCAAGAGCAGAAGACUGGCUUUUGUUCUUGAAGAAAUUCCUCCCAGCGUUCCUCUUUGCUUCUGAUUAGAUGAGAAGCCAUUUGCUGGUGCAGCUCAGCGGGUGGGCUGCAUAUUAAAAACGGCGCAGAGGACAUCUGUGGGGAGUCGGCAGCAGCAGGAGGCUUGAAGCGGUGAGCCCAGAAGAGCAGCAGAAGGAUAACGAACAGAAGCCCUGCACGAGGGUGGCGGCUCUUAAUUGAAAUGGCAGGGUGGGGGUGGGAAGGCGAUGGGGGGCAGGGGAGGAACAAUUGAUGUAUAGCUUCUCGUAUUGCCUGUGCUCUUGUAGAAAAUGGUCCCACUUCUGACUUGUUUACAGUUUUUACAGAGGAAAGCUGAGUUGGAAGUCAGGUACCCACACUGAAUUUAGCUCCUCCAAAACCCUCCGUAGAUGAGAAACAAACAGCCUUGUUAGCUUAGCUACCUUUUGGUUCUCCUUAUAAAUAUUUUUUAAAGCACCCCCGUCCCUGACCCCUUUUAGCCUUAGUGCCUUGUGCAGCUCCUGCUGUAUCUAGGGCAUUCCCCAGAGGGGAGGGGGAGAAUGAAUGGCAUGUAUUAGACUAUGAUGGAAACCGGGAUAGAGUUUGAGUGGAAAGAAGGGAAGGGCAAGUGGUCCGUUAGUAAUCUGUUGGCCUGUUUUAAUGAAGGGGUAUUUGCCAAGGCCUGCAAGCAGCCAACGUGGGUGGGUGGGGGGUGCUAAAUUUGCUCAUAAUUUUGCGUCUCAGACUCGAGAUAUGCAGAUUGAAGAUGGCUUCUUCUGCCCAGUAACUUGCAGUGGGUCCAAAACAGGAUGUUCUUUGGAGUAUUUCCAUUCCCUUAAAAAAAUAGUAAUUAGGGCAUUACAUAGGGGUGAGCUGGGAGUACUCCACUGAGCAUUUUUGGCUUACAGUGUAUGUGUGUGGGGGGAGGGGAACACUCCUUAGCUCACCCUCCACUCUUUGCCCCUACCACCACUUUUAGCAGCCCUCUUUCUAGCAGCCACUUGUGCCCCAUAGCAUUGUUCCGAGAGGGCUUCUGGGGGAUAAAGUGGUCGCUGGUAGGAACGCUACUGUGGCCACUGCCCAAAAGAAUCAACCAUUCUCAGCCAGGUAAUGGGGCUGCAAAAGUCGGUGGGCACAUUUCAGUCGGGCCCAAGAUAUAUUGGGCAGCACUGCAAGCAAAGUCAAGCUGGGCUUUAGUUCCACAAUGAGCUAGACAUGGCUGACAACUUAAGCACUUCUUUGCCACUGCUUUCAUGUGUGGGGAGUUGGAGGUGGGGGCUGUCGCUCUUACAGUUGUAUGGCAAUUAUCGGUUGUAUGGCGAUUAUCAGGUUCUGAUGUGGGAAGCAAGUCACGAGGGCUGAGAUCCCAAAAGCUGGGCUAGGUUCCUGCCCCCCAGAGGACUCUGGGCUUCUGCCUCUUGAGCAGCAGCCUACAUUUGCAGCAUGGCAAGUGGAUUUGAAAAGAAGGGGACUUGGCAAAGCAGUGGGGGGUGGGGCUGGCCCUUCUGGGCAUCCCUCUGGGCAUGCCCGAGCUUGUGGGCACCCCUCAAGUAGCUCUUGAAUCUCGGCCCAUGUGAAGCUGCCCUUGGGUGGGAAACUGUUUGUAACUCUUUUUGUUCUGUGUGUACUUAUUUCUUCUGAGGCGUGCCACACUCACAGUGGACAGUCAUGUUUACACUUCCAGAACAGGGAUCUCUCUGAUGACAGCCGCAAUCUAGACACACUUACUAGGGAGUGAGCGCCCUUGAACAAAGUGGGCCUUGCUUCCAGGGAGCAAUCCGUGGGAGCGGGUGGUAAGGGGAAGAGUCCACCAGCUUGUUACUCAUCCACGCCUAUGAAUGGCAUGCAGAUGAGCCACUCAAAUAUGCAAAUGCACACCCCUUGGUGAAGUAAUGGCCCACACUUCUUUAUAGCAGCACACUUGAUUUUCUGAGGCAGCUAUUGGCAAGAGUGAGAAGUGUUGGCGUAAGGAAGCUCCGCUCUGUGUCUGAACCUACCUCACCCACUGCUUUUUCACUACUGCUGGGGAAGUAAGUGUGUGUGUGUGUGUGUGUGUGUGUGUGUGUGUGUGUGUGUGUGUGUGCGUGGUGUCUUGUCCUCUCUUGAGACAUGUCCCCCUUUUGAUCUGGGAGCAGGGACCUAACUCCUAGGCACCUAACUGGGUAGACAGUGCCAAGAAGUGUGGCAGCAGAUAAUUUUGUUCAUCCUUGCAGGGAGCUGCUGUCUGAAACGGGGGUUCUGGUUCCUAGCAGCUUGAUACUUGCCCAAGAGAGCUGGAGAAAUAUUUCUCCAUGCUCAGAUGGCGUGGUCCGAGGUGUCCUGCCACUCACUUGGUGACUAGAGCAGUUCACCAAGGGCCGCUAGAGGCAACACAACGAUGACCUGCCCAGGAGAGCUCCUUUGUCCCAGGCCUGUUGCAGUGUUGUAGAGUUUUCUCCACACUUCACCGGAAGUGAAUCUGGAGGUUUCUGCUUCGUCGAAACAUCUGGAGGAUUCUGAGAGCAGCUUCCAGUGUUUCAGGAAGACUAGCCUCGUUUCUCAGGGUUUCUCUUCACAUCUCUGCAAUUCUGAUCACGGGCAAGAGAGGGAACGGGUUUGCAUGGGCCUAAUGCAGGUUUUCAGAGAAGAACCUCCUGGAAAGGUUGCUUCCUUGGGGAGCCACCAAGGCAUUGCUUUAGCACUUGUCUUGACAGGCUGCCUGUCCUGGUUCCAGUUUGCAGUGACUGAGGACAGAAGCUGGAGGAGCUGAGCCUUCCUCUGGCCUUGAGCCCCAGUCAGAAGCACCAGUGAAAGGUGAGAUGCCGGGUGGGGGAAUCGUCAGAGGAGACCAGAAUCCCCUCUUGCAACCCUGCAUGAGGAAGUCUGCUUUGGGAAACCAUCGCUUGAAUUCUACCCCAUAACAAACCACAUCACUGUUGCUGUGUUUUGAAGAUCAGAAAUCACUCAGGGCACCUCCCCUGAAAGGUCAUGGCUGGCCCGACUAAGGGCUGCACACAGAUCUGUCUGCGACCUGGACUGGGUGCAGGUUCUUCUGCUGCUGGGUGACCUGGUGCCCCUCUCUCCUUUUACCUCUCAAACAUACAAUCUCCACAUAAAAUAUUGAUUUCAUUUUUGCCCCUCUUCUUCCCUCCUCCCCCCCCCAAGCAUUGCUAACAAGUUUUCAUACUUGCAAACAUUUGGUCGUUUGUUUUUAUUUUACUUUAAAUCAGUGUCUUGAAACACUGAAAAAGGAGAGAGGAGUAAGUGUGGCUGGGAAUUGUGACAUCAGUCAGUAUUUUUUUCCCCUCCCAGAAACAUGCAGAACCAGUCUUGCCUGUGCUUGGAGUGGCUGAAAUGCUGGCAGCUUGACAGCUGGGUCACCCCAGUUAUGUACAGCAGGACACACAGUCUAUGUUUGCCACAGGAGGAGUGAAGACAAAUGCCAGCCCUUGAGUGCACUUUGGACGGACUCUGUUCAUCUCGAUACACACUGAAGUCCCAUUUAAUGGCUCUCGAGAUUUCAGUGCUCUUUUGCCUCCUUCACAGUUUUUUUUUGGGGGGAAUCUGUUGGAUUGUCCGUGUGUGUAGCUUAAAGAGCUGCGGUAGAGCCGUCCAUUACUGGAAAUGCCUCUACCAUGCCCCCCCCCCGCACUGCCUAUGGAAAACUGGGUGAAUCUUUAGGUAAAGGUAAAGUGUGCUGUGCUGUCAAGUCGAUUUCGACUCCUGGCGCCCACAGAGGCCUGUGGUUGUCUUUGGUAGAAUACAGGAGGGGUUGGCCUUUGCCUCCUCCCGCGCAGUGUGAGAUGAUGCCUUUCAGCAUCUUCCUAGAUCACUGCUGCCCAAUACAGGUCUGGGAAACAUACCAGUGGGGAUUCGAACCAGCAACCUUCUGCUUGUUAGUCAAGCAUUUCCCUGCUGUGUCACUUCAGUCCAGCCCUCAAAUGUGCAUCACUCCCCGUGCACCAUAAAAAUCCAUCCUGCUUUUAACGACCAGCUCAGUGAAUCAAACGGCUUGAGACGGGACCUUGAUAGCAUCAGCAAGGAUUUAAUGUAGCUCUAGCAGAGCUGUGCUUCGUUAUCGCAAAGGAAAGAGGUUUGUAGAAAGCUGGUUUUGCAAAGGUAUCUCCCCCCACCCCCCCGGUUCUUGCAAAAUGUCAUUGGGCAAAAAUUAGACGUUAACUGGAGUUGGCCUAGAUGAACAUGGCUUCUGGCAUUAACAAGGAUUUGGCUUCUUUGUUUGGUCAUGUUUUUGUUGAGUGUUUUUUCCUCUGUUGUCAUACUGAAUACGAAAAGCCCAGACUGAUGUUGUUGCGAGUAAUAGGAGGAAUACUGGCUGCUUUUUCUUAGAAUUGUGGAGCUGAAGGCAACUUCAAAACAAUCUAGUCCAGCCUUCUUCUAGACAGCCUUUCAUGCUUUCUACUGCAAAGAAGCAUUCUAUUGCAGGGUGUUGGCUGGAGUCCCUAGCCCAAGGCUUCUCCAACUUGGGUCCCCAGAUGUUGUUGGGCUACCACUCUCAUCAUUCCUAGCCCCAGUGACCAUUGGCCCUUGCAUGUGUUCCAGGUUUUAGGAAGCUAUAUAUGGAAUUGGGAUGAGGAUGAGGAUGCACAGGAAGGGGGUAUUUAACCCUUUCUCGUUGUGCUGAUAAAAAUUGCACCCACAAAGCAGCUGUUUGCCCCAGGAAGGAAGUUUCCACUGGUACCAGUGGGAGUUUCCCUUUAGGUCAGUGGCAGUUUAUGGUGUCUGUGUGUGUCCCUGAGAUUUGUGUGUGAGAUUAUAUUUGGGAUUAUGGCAGGAGGGGAAAGGGUUAAGUGUCCCCUUCAGCUGCUGUUUAACUUGAACACUCUCACUCACUCACUCUGUGCAUUUAGCUUAACAUGUAUAUUCAUUCAUUCAUCCAUCCAGCCAGCCAUUCAUUCAUUUGAUUUCUAUACCACCCUUCCAAAAAUGGCUCAGGGUGGUUUACACAGAGAAAUAACAAACAAAUUUUGGCCCUAAGAUCAAAUGUAGCCCAACUUCCUUUUCAGACUAAUGAGAUUUGCUGCUCCUAUAUCUCUUCUUAGGGAAACUGCUCAAAACAUGAUGCUUCGGAUCACCUCAGUUACUAACUUUCCCCAGGUGGUGUUUGAUGCUAUUUUUAUGUUGACUAAUUUUCAGGCUUUGUUCUUCUCUCUCUCAAUCUCUCUCUCUCUCUCUUAUGAGCUCCACUUGACCAUGAUGUGUGAGGUUCAUGUAUAAUAAAUACACUUGAUGAUUAGCAUGGUACCUGAUCCCUCCUGUUAACCAGGCCAACUUGCACUAAGCUUCUUGUAAAUUUGGUUUCUUGUUUACAGUGCCCCUGUUUGCCAUUCAGUUUUGUUUUUUUAGCACCUUAACUAUGAGUAUACAAAUGAAUUACCUUAGCUUUGAUUAGGGGAUUUGGGGGAGUACGUGCUUUUUAAAGACCAUUUGGAAUUUUUAAUAAAAUAGCCAAAAUGAAAACCA